AUGGGUCUCGCUCGCGUCACCGCCGUUGCAUCGGCCUUGUUAGCGCUACAAAUCGAAUCCAGUGUAGCUGACCUUGUCACUUACAACUGGCGCGUUACGUCGCUCACCACCGACUACGACGGUGUCUCUAUCCACUCUCUCGGAAUCAACGACAAGCCAGCAGACCAAGCGGUCAUUGACGUGGAACUGGGCCAAGAGGUCGAAGUUCGCGUCACGAAUGAGAUCGACGAGCCCACGUGCCUCCACUGGCACGGACUCAAGCAGCUAGGCACUCAAGAGAUGGACGGUACGUCUGAAAUAACGCAGUGUCACAUCUCUCCGAACGCUACUGCGGUCUACCGCUUCAUGCCUGACAAGGCAGGCACGUUCUGGUGGCACAGCCAUCACAUGGCACAGUACGCGUUUGGCCUUCGUGGGCCACUGAUUGUUCACGCCCCUGCAAAUCAACAACAAGACUGGGCGAAGGACAUUGACGGGGAAUAUGUCGUCCAAAUGGCCGAUCUGUACCACCGUCCCCCUCAGCCUACGCGUAUGUGGGACAACAUCCUCAUCAACAACCGCGGUCGCUACAACUGCAGUGCCGCAUACCACCACAACUUUACGCAAUGUACCGAGGACCAGCACCUGUCCAAGUUCCAUUUCCAGGCUGGAAACAAGUACCUUCUACGUCUAAUCAACAUGGCUGCUCUGUCUCCGAUCGUGUUCAGCAUUGACGACCACGAGUUCCGUGUCGUUGCUGCGGACGGUGACCACCUCCAGCCUUCGGAGCUCAUCAACUCGAUCCGUUUAAACACUGGUCAGCGUUACGACAUUGUGGUUGAGGCGAAAGCCUCUUCGGACCAGCACCUGAUUGGCUCUUUCUGGAUGCGUGCCAAUGGUCUUCACGGGCUUCCGUGGACGCGAGGAACCGCUGCGAUCGCCGGGGAGGGCUAUACCUACGAGGGCCUCGCGGUUAUCUCGUACGAAACCGGAAACAACGCCGACCCGACGUCACUAAAGCAAGGGAACAUGACGACUGUGGACGAAUUCGACUUCCUGCCGUUGAUCCCGAUCGCUCUCCCCGAAGUCGCUUCGGACCGUGUUGUUCUACAGUUCAAGAUGCAAGACGGUCUUGGCCACUUUGCUAUUGACGGUGGCGAGUUCCACCAUUUCAUUCAUCCGGAGGAGCCCCCGCUUUUCUCGAUCGCUAGUGGCAUGAAGACUGAGCAACUACCGGCUACUGCUAACGCCCGUAAGAUCGAGUCUGGUAAGCACAUUGAGGUGGUGCUAGUUAACGUUAAGGACGAACAGCAUCCGUUCCACAUGCACACACACUCGCCCUGGGUCGUGGGUCGCGGUGUGGCGUCGAUUGAGCAGAUUCAGAACAAACAACUACCGCCACUCAAACUGCUCAACCCGAUGACACGCGACGUGUACACUGUCCCGCCGUGCACCUCGGACGGCAAUAAUGGCUGCUUGGACGCCGGAUACCUCGUGAUACGUUUCACGGCCGACAACCCAGGUGUGUGGAUCUUCCACUGCCACAUCGAUUGGCAUCUGGAAGCCGGACUUUCCAUGAUCCUGGUAGAGGGCGAGGAAGAACUGCAGCAGAGAGGUGUGGGUGCCUUCUCCAACACCAUUCUCAGCGUCUGCGGUAGCAACAGCAAGUUCUCGCCGUUAAAUUCGACCAUUCACGCUUUGUAG